AGGAUUAUUCUGUUCAGCAUGUGCGCAAUUGUCGGGAGAAAAGGCUGUAUCGUCGGGUGUCCUCCGAUGGCAGUCGGGGACCAAAAAACAUAUAUAAAUCGUCUGGGUUGUCCUGCCGGGGUCCACGGCUGGGCAGGAAUAAGUUCGGCAGAGUGCAUGUACAGAUUGCCAUUGAGGGGGAGGACUCAAGAUGCUACACAAAUGUUUCUUUGUUGCCCUCCUGGCAGCUUGCGGUGCAGCGGUUGAGAUAUCCGUUGCAUCAUCUGGUGGUAAUGCCACUAGCGGUCUACAAUAUGGUAUCAUGGAAGAGGAAAUUAACUACUGUGGUGACGGGGGUCUCUAUGCGGAGCUGAUCCGCAAUCGAGCAUUCCAGGGAGGCGAGAAGUACCCUUCCACAUUGGAUGCUUGGAUCCCGGUAGAUGGAUCGACACUCUCCCUGCAAAACCUAAGUCAACCCCUGUCAUCUGCUCUACCCACAUCGGUAAACGUGAAGGGAGUGAUAGGCAAAGCCGGUCUUAGUAACCUAGGUUGGUGGGGAAUCGAUGUGAGGCAGCAGAAGUACACCGGUUCCUUCUAUGUCAAGGGCGCGUACAAUGGAAGUUUUACAGCUUCCCUGCAGUCGAACCAGACCGGCGAAGUAUAUGCCAGCACGGAAAUUGUGUCGCAAAGUGUUCGCGGCGCUUGGACACAACAUAACUUUACUCUGACCCCCAGCAAGGCAGCCCCAAACACGGAGAACACGUUCUCAGUUACCUUUGAUGCUUCUGACACUGUGGACGGAUCCCUCGACUUCAACCUUAUUUCCUUGUUCCCUCCUACAUGGAAUGACCGUCCCAAUGGGCUACGGAAGGAUCUGAUGCAGGCGAUGGCAGACUUUGCGCCGAAAUUUCUGCGAUUCCCAGGCGGUAAUAACCUUGAGGGCGACACCAUUUCCGGCAGGUGGAAAUGGAAUGAAACCAUUGGACCGCUCAAGGACCGUCCUGGUCGCGCGACAACCUGGUCCUACCAGGAAACUCUUGGACUAGGUCUUGUUGAAUACAUGGAAUGGUGUGAUGAUCUAGGAGUUGAGCCUAUCCUUGGGGUGUGGGGCGGAUUCGCAUUGAAUGGCGAUGCGGUCCCUGAGUCUGAGCUAGGUCCGUACAUUCAAGAUGCACUAGACGAGCUAGAGUUCCUCACUGGCUCUGUGAACACGGAAUAUGGUGCACUCCGCGCUUCCCUAGGCCAUCCAGAACCGUGGACAGUCAAGUACGUCGAGGUUGGCAACGAAGAUAACUUGAACGAAGGAUUACCUUCAUACAAAUCCUAUCGCUUCCAGGCUUUCUACGACUCCAUCAAGGAGAAAUACCCUGAUAUUACUGUCCUGGCUUCGACCGUGGAGAUUGAUUUCCCUGGUGAUGCGGGCGGUGAUUAUCACUUGUACGAUACUCCGGACAACUUUGUUAAGAAGUUCAACUAUUUCGAUCAAUUCAGCCCCGACCAUCCGAUUCUGCUGGGUGAAAUUGCCGCAAUCCAGUACAACGGAGUAGAAAUUGUGUGGGGUGGUGACGCACAUUUCGCGCAGUAUCCUUGGUGGAUUGGCAGCGUUGCAGAAGCUGUCUUCCUCCUGGGCGCUGAAAGAAAUGCCGAUAAGGUCCUUGGAACAACAUAUGCCCCAUUCUUCAUGAACCUUGCCAACUACCAAUGGUCACCAACAUUCCUCGCCUUCAAUGCGAACCCAGAUGAAACGGCCCGUUCCACGAGCUGGCAUCUUUAUGAGCUCUUCUCCCACAACUCUUUCACAAACACCCUCCCCACAACUUCCAACAGCAGCUUCGGACCACUCUACUAUGUCGCUGGCCUUGACAGCAACAGUAACUCUCACAUCUUCAAGGCGGCCGUUUAUAACAGUACCGCUGAUGUUCCUGUUUCUCUGACCUUUGACGGCGUUAAAGCCGGCACAAGCGCCCAGCUGACCGUACUCACCGCAGCGGACGCAUUGGGCGCGAAUAAAGUGGGGGCUGCCAACAUUGUUGACAAGAAAAUUUCCACUGUGACCGCAGGCGAUAACGGCGUGUUCGACUUUAGUUUGCCGAACCUGAGCGUGGCUGUUUUGAAGACGAAGUAAUCCUGCUAGGUAUUGGUUAGCAUGGGCUAGCUAGUUGGUCUACAGCAUGAACAAAUCACAUAGAAACCGUCUUGAGAUAUCAAGUCUGCACCACUUCUUCUUCCAAUAGGUUGGGUCGAAUAUGCCGGCCGCAUAUCUAAUAUUAUCGGUACGCUCUAGAUAAACUUAAUGAUUGAGGAUACGAUCGUAUAUAUUAUCGAUAUCUCUUCCUUCAAGGACUUUAU